UAGUUCGCGCCUCUAUUUUGAAAUUCGGACUUUUAAUGUGAAAACGGACGUUUAUUGUUGUUAGACUACCACAAGAGCACAGCAAGACGCGGUAUCUGUUUAUUUCGAUUUAAAUAGCUUGAUUUUAAAUGAGUGAUAAAGGCGACAGUAAUGAUGAUAAAGUCAGAAAUCGCAGCGUGGUUUAUGUUUACAGCCCGGAGUACAUCCAGACAUGUGACUCGCUGUCUAAAGUGCCAAACCGGGCGAGUAUGGUGCACUCACUGAUUGAAGCAUAUGGCUUAUUGAAAUACAUGAGAGUUGUAAAGCCUCAUUUCGCAACAAUAGAAGAGAUGGCAGUGUUUCACACAGACUCAUACCUGCAGCACCUGCACAAGAUCAGCCAGGACGGAGACAAUGAUGACCCUCAGUCUGUGGAUUUUGGACUGGGUUAUGACUGUCCAGUGGUGGAGGGAAUUUUUGAUUACGCGGCUGCCGUCGGAGGAGCCACUCUGACUGCUGCCCAGAAUCUGCUGGAUGGAAAGUGUGAUGUGGCCAUCAACUGGGCUGGAGGGUGGCAUCAUGCCAAGAAGGACGAGGCAUCUGGGUUCUGUUAUGUGAAUGACGCUGUUCUUGGAAUCCUCAAAUUGCGGGAGAAGUAUGAGAGAGUUCUCUAUGUGGAUGUGGACCUUCACCAUGGAGAUGGUGUGGAGGAUGCUUUCAGCUUCACCUCUAAAGUCAUGACAGUGUCUUUGCACAAGUUCUCCCCUGGCUUCUUCCCAGGUACCGGUGAUGUGACUGACACUGGGCUUGGUAAAGGACGCUGGUACGCUGUUAACGUUCCCUUUGAGGAUGGAAUCCGUGACGAUCGUUACUGCCAGACCUUCACUAGUGUAAUGCAGGAAGUGAAAGCUUACUUCAACCCUGAAGCAAUUGUGAUGCAGUUGGGAGCAGACACCAUGGCGGGUGACCCCAUGUGUUCUUUCAAUAUGACUCCUGUUGGAGUGGGAAAGUGCCUGAACUAUAUACUGGGAUGGGAGUUACCUACUCUGCUGCUAGGAGGAGGUGGCUAUAACCUUGCUAAUACUGCCCGCUGCUGGACCUAUCUAACAGGGACCAUCCUAGGACAGACUCUGUCCUCUGAGAUACCAGAACAUGAGUAUUUUACAGAAUAUGGCCCAGAUUAUUCCUUGGAGAUUAGCCCAAGCUGCCGACCCGACCGCAAUGAGAGCCAGCAACUGGAGCGGGUUAUCAGCGUCAUCAAAGGGAAUCUGAAGAAUGUAGUUUAGGAGUGGGCUCCCAGCUCAUGUUUCCAAAUCAGGCCCUUCUCCUCUAAUGAAGACAGUAUGUGGGAUCCAUCGCCAGAGGCGAGCUUGGAAAACAUUACUUGAAUGUUUCCAGGGAACAUUUUUUUUAAUGCAUAAAUGGACCAGUGUUGCCCCAUUUGAAAGAUUACGUCAAAGUUUGAUACGGGACAAAUUUCUAAAGGCUAUAUUUUUUAAAGAAAUCCAGAGCUCUUUUCAGAUGAAACAUGUUUUGAGUGAGGUAUAUCAAAAAUGACUGUGCUUUUUGUUCAUUGUUCUGUUUCUAAUGUGGCAUAUUUUUACGAAGAGGAAUAACAAAAAUGCCUGAUGGUGGUGUCACAUCAAAGAUGUGUCGCAGAGAUACGUUUAACCAGAUGGUAAAGAUAUCGCAAGUCACUCAAGUCUUUGCGGUCUGGCUGCAAACGUCUUGAUGAAAUACAUUUACAAGAGUCCAAACACAUAUUCGCACGCUCCAACAAUCUGCCACCACCAGCUAUGAGAGUGUGUAGAACAUUUUAAUACUGUACAGUUAAUCAAUGCCUAUUUUUGUUGUAACUAUGUUUUUGGGGAAUGCUGUGGGAUGGUGAGUUGGCCCAAUCUUCUACAACAUUUUAAUUGAAACAACAACCAGUUAUGUAAUUAGGGUGCAUCAUAAUCUCCGGAGGGUUGUUUAUGGAUUGAAUAAAUUCAACUUAAUGGGCAGACUGACCAAAUUUCAAGUCAUGUUGGCUUCAUGAUACUUUAUGUUGCCUAUGGCAUGCCUUUUAAUGCAAUGUUUAUUUUCUUGUGUUUGAUGAGUGAAUCCAAACUGCUAAAUGUUUUUAAGCUCUCUGUCUGCUUUUAAGUUUUGUAAAAAUGCCUUUGUUUUCUGAUUUAUAUUAAAAUACAAAAAGCAAAUGUGUGGCAUGUUGC